GGGUUGAACACGUAGUAAAGCAGGAUUUCAAAUGUCUCCUGCGGCAUAACAUUCCCAUGUUAGGUGUAAUCGUUGCUAUAGGAACGGACGGAUAAAACGAAUCCUGUCAUAACACGGACGCACCAUUUGACGUUUGGGACGGUAAAAGAACAGAAGUACGCAGAAACAAUACAGGUUUUGACAACUCUUAUGGUAACUCAUCCUGAGUCCAGACCUUGUCUAUCUUUACUGGCGCACUGCUACUUCUAUACACAAGACUUUAUGGCUGCAGCCAACUGCUAUGAGAAAUUGGAACAGAUAUGCCCAGAGGAAGAUGUUUACAAACUCUACUAUGCUCAAUCCCUUCACCAAGCUUGCAUGUAUCAAGAAGCUUGGAACAUCUGUUCGACCAUAGUUGACAACCCCCGAUUAGAGUCGAAUGUCACCAAGCUACAAGCGGCGAUAAAAUAUGGACAGGAAGAUAUAUCUGGUGCUAAAACAUAUGUGGAUCAAUGCCCAUCUGAUGACAUUGACACAGACAUUAAUUUGGGAUGCUUACUUUAUAAGGAAGAGCAGUAUGAGGAAGCUCUGAAAAAAUUCUCCAUGGCUUUACAGAUUGUUGGGUUCAAGCCACACUUGUCUUAUAAUGUUGCCCUGUGUUUUUUCAAGCUCAAGGAAUACGCUCCAUCCUUGAAACAUAUCGCUGACAUCAUCGAACAAGGAAUAAAAGAACAUCCUGAGUUGAGUGUUGGAAUGACCACAGAAGGUAUAGAAGUACGUAGCGUUGGGAACACUCUGACUCUACAUGAAACAGCAUUAACAGAAGCCUUCAAUUUGAAAGCAGCCAUUGAGUAUCAGCUACAAAAUUAUGAAGCAGCACGAGAAGCGCUAACAGAUAUGCCUCCGCGAUCAGAGGAAGAAUUGGAUGCUGUAACGUUGCAUAAUCAAGCAUUGAUAAAUAUGGAUUCAAGACCAAGUGAGGGUUUUGAAAAGCUGCAAUUUCUGCUACAGCAAAACCCUUUUCCACCAGAGACUUUUGCGAAUUUACUUCUACUAUACUGUAAAUAUCAGUACUAUGAUCUGGCUGCUGAUGUCUUAGCAGAGAACGUCCAUCUGACUUACAAAUAUUUAACGCCGUAUCUCUAUGACUUUUUGGAUGCGCUGAUAACUCAGCAAACAUCUCCAGAGGAGGCUUAUCGGAAAUUCGAUGACUUGGCAAACAAACAUACAGAGAUAUUGAGAAAAGCAACAAAGCAGGUGCAGGAAGCCAGAUUAAACCAUGACGACAAUGCAGUCAAGAGAGCUGUGAUGGAUUAUGAGGAAGCUCUAGAGCGUUAUGUCCCAGUUCUGAUGGCACAAGCAAAAAUAUAUUGGGAACUAGAGAACUACACUCAAGUAGAGAAAAUAUUUAGAAAAAGUGUAGAAUUCUGCAAUGAGCACGAUAUCUGGAAACUCAACGUAGCUCACACCUUGUUCAUGCAGGAAAAUAAGUUCAAGGAAGCGACUGGUUUCUACGAGCCUAUAGUAAAAAAAAAAUAUGAGAAUAUUUUAGACAUCAGUGCUAUUGUAUUGGCUAACUUAUGCGUAAGCUACAUAAUGGCCUCUCAGAAUGCAGAGGCCGAAGAACUAAUGAAAAAAAUUGAGAAAGAGGAAGAAACAGUUUCGUUCGAAGAUCAGGAUAAGAAAUUGUUUCAUUCGUGCAUAAUAAACUUGGUGAUUGGGACGCUUUACUGUUCCAAAAGAAACUAUGAGUUUGGUAUAUCAAGGGUGAUGAAGAGCCUUGAGCCUUAUAGCAAAAAGCUUGGAACCGAUACAUGGUUCUAUGCAAAAAGGUGCUUCCUGUCACUGCUUGAGCAGCUGGCAAAGCAGCUAGUCGUCCUGAAGGACUCUACGCUUCAGGAAUGCGUGCAGUUCCUUGAGCAUUGUGAAGUUCACGGGAGGGAUGUCCGAACGGUGAUAGAACAGCCCCUCGAUAUUCAAGAAAUUCCUAUUGUGCCUCAUGGCAAACAAACUGUUACCUACGAGGCGAGAUAUCUCAAAGCAUUGUUUCUGAAGUUACAAACAGGCUGAUUCCUCAUACGAAAGUUGUCAAAUGAUUGUAUGCACUACUAACUUGUCAAAAUAUCUUUGGUAAACAAAUA